ACACAUGUAAUUAUAAAACUCCAACAGUUCCCUUUUAGUGCUCUACAAACACUUUGCAACUGUGAACAUGUCCAAAUGUAAUCAUUGUGACAGAUGUUUACCCCUGUCUUCAGCUCUAGAUGGUGCUUGUGUGGGGGGGAAACUUUGAGGGGGUCCUGCACGGCUCCUCCUUUAGAUCCGUGACAUUGGACCUGUUGUCAUGGAAAUAGUUCAGACGCAUAAAUUUGACAAAGAGGCUUCAAAGGCACAAAAGCCGGGAUGAUGAACAAGGAUUAAGCUCGACGCAUCUGAGACGCCUAUAGACAAAUAUUCCCUCUUCAAAAGCAUUAAAAGACACUUCUGGGGUGUUUCACCCGGCUAUACGUCGUCUUUAUAAAUUAGGGGAAUGUUUGGUUUGCGCGAGAGUAGACUUUUCGCGAUACAAAUGCGACAGAACGAUUGCGUUUAACAUUGGAGGAGCAAGUGCCUUUGCUUGGACACCCGAGAUGGACACAGUGAGAUGCAUUCAGCACCUGUCAGGAUGGUUUGUUCUGUUCAUCUUAAUGACACGCCAGAGUCACUCCAUUGAGACAGUGAAUGUGGUGGACUUCUGUGGACAGACGAUACAGGGGGACGGCAUGGUCGUAAAGUCCCACCAAGAGUCACGGAAGUACUACUUUGUCUCCAUGGGAACGGAUUGCCACCUCACCAUGCAGUCUGCCACCCCCCGGGACAAGGUGCAGUUCUACUUCCGCUUCUUCCUGGUCUACAGCCUGCUUAGAGUGUCACCGCACAGCCCCCCACCCCUUAUCCCAGAAUCACCCAGGGGGUCCUCUUCAUCUGGCCCGACGCGGCCCGACCUGAGCUUGGAGCCAACCACCAGGGAGGGGCCAGAAGACCCCUGCCAUGCUGGCUCUUACAUCCAGUUCUAUGAUGGGAGGGAUAAGUCCGCACCGCCAAUUGGCCCGCCACUCUGUGGGAAGAGCCCUCCCCGACCGGUCUUGUCAACGGGCAAAUUUCUAACUCUACGUCUUGUGACGCGAGGAACUCAGCCGAGGGUGGACUUUGUUGGAGACUUCACUUCAUUCAGACUGGGUUUUAACCAAUCAGAGUGCAGUGGACAGCCUUACUUCAACUGUCGGAAUGGGAAGUGUAUUCCCAUGAGUCUGGUUUGUGCAGAUGAUAAAGGCAUUGACAACUGUGGCGAUGGCAGUGACUUAAUCGAUUAUCCUGGUUGCAGUGGUCCUCUAUCUACACCCAAGCCCCCACAGCACCCUGUUACUCAGCCAGCAGAGAUGCUGAACGUGCCUACCCUGACAGUGUCCACUUUAAAGAACUGUGCCACUCCGAACGCAGUUCCUGAACUGGAUUCUGUGACUGAAUCCCAGUCUUCCAUUUCUCUGCUGGCGCUGUAUGUGGUUCUGGGCGUGACGGCCGGCGGGGUUCUCACGUGCUGGUGCUGUUGGGCCCCCGGCUGGUUCCUGUGGCGAGUGAGUGUGUUUCGUUUCUUGCCCUGCUGCAACUCAUGCUGCGCGUCCUGCCAGCUCUGUGGGCGGAGCUGCUCGCAAAACAAGGACCACCGAUUGGCUAAGGUUACACCGGAAGGAGCCGCAACACCCGUGUCUUCUACCACCACUGUGGCUGUGUAAAUACACUCAUCUGAUGUAGCCUAGCUCCAUAAAAGACUCCUGAUGGAGAUACAGAGGACAGUGUGUUAGGAAGUGGUAUAAUAGUAGAAGUGUUUUUUGUUGUUGUUGUUUUUUGGAGAAUUGCCGGGCAGUGGAUUUUUUUCCACUGAUAUUAAAAUAUGAUAGAACAUAAUCCAACAAAAUCUGCUAUUUGUAUUUCAUACUGGAUCUGUGAAAACAACAUGAGUUGAGAUUUCUAGUUGGUUUCGCAAAGUGAAAAAGGAAAGAAUUCCACUCUAUAUUACCUCAGUGGGAUACAGCUAACACUAGGACAAUCCAGCUUCAAAGGACUGGAAAAAAUGUUUUAUUAUUAAAACUUUCCAAUACAAUGCUCAUUACGCUAACAGAGAUCAUUAUAUAGCUGUAUUUUUCCAGGAGCAUUUGGUCACUAUCCACUCCUGCAGAUGACAAUAUGGUGAAUGUAACUUUUCUUUUGGACCAAUCUAUUUCCUGCACAUGUGCAGUAGUGACUCUUAAACUUAUAGAUCUAUUAUAUCACAUAUGAAGACUGUAGAUUCAAGGUUAUGCCAAAAAAAGUUGAAAAGCGUUUUUUUUUUUAAGACCAAAUCUUGCAUUUUCACUGACACAUUAGAUUAGCCAGAAAAGUAAAUUGUAACUAGUAAAUAUUAUUAGAGGAUCUACAAAGUAUCCAUUUUUAACAAUCUGAUGCAAAAAUUAUUUAAUCCCAAGGAAAAUAUAAUUAUAAAGGGAUAGUUCCAAAAAUGAAAAUUCUGUCAUUACUCACCCUCAUGUCGUUCCAAACCCAUAAGACCUUCAUCCAACUUCAGAAGAUAAAGGAAGAUAUUUUUGAUGAAAUCCGAGUGCUGGCUCUCCACUGGGAUCAAUGCAAUUUACACAUUCAAGAUCCAGAACGAUAAGAAAGACAUCAUUAAAGUAAUCCACGUGACUCCAGUGGUUUACCCUCAAUUUUAAGAAGCGAUUUUUUUGCACACACACACAAAAAACAUAAUUUACCACUUUAUUUACAAAAAUAUUGACCUGCUAUCCAGUAGGGGGAGCACCACGACACAUGCGUGUUGAGUUAAAGAAACACCACUUUUUUUGAAAAUAGACUUAUUUUCCAACUCCCCUACAGUUAAACAGCUGAGUUUUACCGUUUUCGAAUCCAUUCAGCCUAGCGAUACCACUUUUAGCAUAGCUUAGCAUAGUACAUUGAAUCUGAUUAGACUGUUAGCAUCUCGCUAAUGGAUUCGAAAAUGGUAAAACUCAAUUGUUUAACUCUAGGAGAUUUGGAUAAUAUUAUUUUGUAAAUAUAGAGGUAAAUUAUGUUUGCUCUUGCGUUGCUUCAAAAAAUUGAGGGUAAACCACUGAAGUCACAUGGAUUAAUGACGUCUUUCCUAUCGUUGUGGAUCUUGAAUGUUUAAAUUGCGUUGCUCCCAGUGGAGGGACUGAAAGCUCUCUGAUUUCAUCAAAAAUAUCUUCAUUUGCGUUUCAAAGAUGAACGAAGGUCUUAUGGGUGUGGAACGACAUGAGGGUGAGUAAUGACAGAAUUUUAAUUUUUGGGUGAACUAACCCUUUAACCCCCCCUCACAAUCGUUUUUUUUAAACGUGUUUUGAGAGAGUUAUGCAUUUGUUCACUGCUAUAGAAUAUAGUUGGACGUAUAUAUCAUAUCUUAUGUCUGGCAUUUUUAAUUUCUGUUGAUAUAAAUGUAAAAUACAAAGACAUAGAAAAGGUGAGUCAUAUGGAAUGAUGAGAAAGGGUCAAAGGUCAUCACCCAUGGUGGUCUGAAUAUUGAUCACCCUGAAUAUUUAAAUAUUUUAAAUUUUAUUUCCAAAUUAAAAACAAACAUUUUAUAAAUUAGAAGGUGGAUUAUUUCAUGCAUAUUCAAUUGCAGCGUUCUGAUGUUUCAGUUCAAUGUAUAUCACUUAUGUUGACGAAUGUUGUCUGUAUGUUAAGUCUCUUAUUCCUGUCGUCAGGAUUAAAGGCAUGAUAGAGAGUUUAGAUGCCAGUAAAACUGUAAAUAGACCAUUUCAGUGAUUAAAAAACAAUUUUAAUGCGA